AUGGCGCUUUGGGAAUCACUAGUGAGUAAUGUCUUUGGAGGGCUUUCGAAUGAUUUUAAGAAAAAGAAUUUCUCCCUAUACGGUCAAUGGAUCAGCAUCUUCACCAUCUUUUUAUGCAUAGCAUUAGGAAUAGCCAAUAUUUUCCACUUUAAUUUGGUUAUCAUUUUCUCAAUUAUAUGUUUAGUGCAAGGAUUGAUUGUUAUAUUUGUCGAAAUACCAUUCCUUUUAAGAAUAUGCCCAUUGACUGAUACAUUUACCAACUUUGUUAGGAAAUUUGAUGGAAAUUUACCAAGAUGCGGGUUCUAUCUGUUGAAUGCAGCUAUUCAAUACCUAAGUUUGACAUUACAAGCCACGAGUUUGAUUGUUGUUGCUGUAUUUUUCACAUUAUCAGCUGCUUGUUAUGCAUUAGCUGCCGCAAAGAAUCAAGAGUACUUGAAGUCAUCAAUUGAUGUUUCAGGUACAGGACAAGGCGGUGCUUUAGAAGCCCAAGUCGGAGAGCACGUUGUUAGAAAUGUUUUGUAA